UUUUGCUUACAUGUUACUUUUAUCACGAGUCUCGUUUUCAAUUCAGUCCCUCUGACAAUUUCCAAAUGAUAAAUUACGAAACAGGUGAGAAUUUCUUUUCAGGUAUGCCUCGACCGCGUGGUGACUAUAAUAAAACGCGAAAAACGGCUGGCGUUCCUCGAAAGUCGCCUCGAACACGCUCGGGCAGACCCCCGGACCGGACGGUGUUCGAACGUAUUUAAAGGUCCGAAGUAUAUAUGCUCGUGUCCGUACGUGGGUGGGUGCGUUUGGAUGCGUGCACAUUCCACCGUGGAUGAUUCUGCGCGACAGUGACGUGAGGGAGAGAGCCGAGACUGCUGGUGUUCCAUGGGUGGGGUCUCAACGAUGAAUCCCUUCUCUCCUCAUAUCUGAUUCGAUCUGAUUCGAGUCAGUUUCGCGUAGUACGACGAACGGUAUUCCUUGUGCCCGACGCGUAAUACGCGUGUCCCCAUGUAAUGGCAGCGCGUAGCGAGGAUCGGUUGCAUGCCAUACCGUAGACGUCUCGAGACGAUCGAGACUCGGCCGUGAUCGAACGCUAUCGAGUUUCUUUGCUCUCUCGCGGAACCUCGAAAACGGCGACAGGAGUCGAGACAACGCUUUUAUAUUGGCUGGUCGAGAUAACGUAAAGAAAGAGGCCCGCCGUCGCAUCGAUGGAAAUUAUGUGAGUGACGUUUCGGAGUCACAUUUUUUUUUGGCAAAUGGACAAGACGUUCGCCCUUCGCUUGGAUCUUACUGAAUCAUCGGACACGCCAGUCUCCGGGAAGGUGUUCACUGUGGGAACGUAUCGGAACUGAGAAUUUCAGUAAAAAUGUGACCAGUUUUUCCCAAUCGAAACGGAGCAUCAUUUGUACAGGUCUCUGCAUUUAUACUGUACACAUAAUCGUGUAACUAGAUAAAAAUAAUUUAUUCCUAAUGGAGAAGAGGAGCAUAAGUGGAAGAGACAUCCUGAGAAUGGACGGUCUCCUGCCACCGACGCGACGUUUGCCCGUCUGCAACGCAGUGACUUCUCCAGAUAAAAAGAAAGAGAAGAAAUGGUCUAUCGGUGGGAUCUUAAAAAGGAUAUCGUUGAUGAAGGAUUACGACAGUUCCUCGAACGACGAAGAGAUAGAAUAUUGCACGCGACAGCCAAGGCCACGGACAGUGUUUAAUAAAAGAUCGCAUAACGUCGUGCUGCACCCCGUCGACAAAACUUCCGUCAACGACGUAACGGAAGCUGGAACGAACAACGACACGACAACUUCGCAAAAGGACACGUUGAACUCCCGUAGCAGCGACGGUUCGCUGGACGGAUUAAGCAAGAAGGCUCGAAAGAGUAAAUUGAAAGCUCGAAUAGAGGCGAAACGUGAUCGAAUCUGCGCGGACAGCAGCUCGGAUGAAGACUCCCGGAAGUCGACCAACUCGUUAACGAGAUAUCAGAACGAGACUGUGCAAGGUGCCGCGCAGAAAAAUGGUUAUUGCAACAGGAAAAGUCGCGCGGCUCGCACGGAACGUUACAUGAAACGCCUGUCCAGAGACGAGGGUCCUAGAUUCUCUGAGAAUUUAAGCGACAUAGCGAAUAAACGUGCGAGUCUCGAUUUCAUGAACGAGGAGCAAUUAUCCGCGGACGCGAACGAAUUAUUUCGUCCAAUGCAAUCCUCGUCGCGUUAUUCGAACAGCAACACAUUUCCCGUGCAAAGGUCGGUCGAGAAUUUACGGCAAAGCGGAAUGGCCGCGUCUAAUCAUCAAGCCAGGUCGUCCAACGAUCUCAUGAAAAGUUAUAGUAAAUAUAUCACGGAUAUGAAUCAAAAUAACACCUACGCGAAACCGAACGUUUCGCAGAAAUCUAAAAAGUAUAAAGAAGAAAACGUGUACAGUUCGCCUGUGACGAGUACGAAUCCUGACUCGACGAAUCGUAACUCGCCUCCUGAGCCUCCGCCGAGGGACCCACGUUGCCGUCUCUUCGCUUACAGCUGCAACUCCUUUCCGUUUAAUGGGAAAUAUCGCGCGUCGAGGUACGACGACACGCUGCGUACGAAAAUGAACGAUAUUCACGAGGUCACUAAGGAUCACGUGAAGAGUCUGAGAUCGUACGAUCCGAACAACGACGGUUGGUCCGGAUUUACUAAAAACUGUCCGCGACGACCGUUGUCUCUCACCAUGACUUCAACGGAACUCUGUAAUUUAUCCGAGUGUACGAACAAUCGACACAAUUCGACCGGUAAACACGUGGACGAGUCGACGACGUUUACGGAAACAGAGGCGAUGAAGUGUCGGAGACGAAACGAUCGCAACGACCAGAUCACGUCGCGGUUUAAGAAUUUCGACACGAGAAUGCGUGAAAAUAAAUUUACUUAUAUAAACGUACGAAAUAAUUGUGUAUCUCCCGGGUCUAAAUCUGCGGACUCUCCGCUUGCAAAAUCACCGAUUAAAAAUUCUUACGAUCUACGAAAUACGUCGCCGGUGAUUAGAAAAUCAGCGGAGGAAAAAUCGAGCGUGAAUGAGCAGGAAGCUUUGGAAAGAAGGAGGAGUUCGAAGAACCUCGAAGAGGCACUGUCCGAGUUAGAAGCGAUAUACAACAGCUUGCGUCUCGGAGACGAGGAUCUCCUCGAUCGCGCAGAACGUCGGAGCAUGGAAGAGUUCAAUCUGCGGCAAGCAAAAACGAACGCGGCUCCGUACGCAGAGGAUCUGACGGACCGAACUAGAGACGACAUGGCUUACAGACGGAUGCAUCCGAAAGAGAGACCGGCGUCGUUGUCAGAAGUGGUCAGCCAGUCUGCGAUGUCUAAUAUUAGUUACUUAAUAGCCUCGCCUAUCGAGUCGCGGAAAAAUCCGCUGGAUGACUACUUGUACACGAAUUACUCCGCGCGGAGAGACGUGCCAGACGUGACACGCGACGACGUCGUUUAUCGAAGCAUUAAUCGUGCCAAUAACACGUUAAAGGUCGUCGAUCCCCAGCCACCGUUUGGAAUACCUUUGGGCCCAGUGACCACGGCUACCGAGAGCGAUUAUCUGCACACGACGCCUAAAUUGGAGCAGCCUCGUUCGCCGUACAUACCUCAGUGCGAGCCGGACAUCGUCACUGACGACAUGGCCUAUCGAACCCUCCGAAAAGAUUCCGGAUUUCAGAAUAAAACCGAUUCCGCGGAUCGCGAGAGUUUCGGUACGAAAAAGAAAGCCGUCAGAUCUCUGUCGGCGAAUCUCUACGGUUUGAUCGAUCACGAUAGAAUUCAUCUUCGAAGGGAGUCUAACCUUCGAGACAUAAAGGACGGAAUCAACGCGAUAGACGUUGGAACGUUGACUGUAAAAACAGAAAGACGCGUCGUGAGCGACGGUGAACUUUCCGAUUACGAUACUCGAUGGCGAGGCGAUUUCUUCCGAAACAAAACUGACAUAAAUGGUAAUCAUACGUUGGCCAACGGACAUAGGCAGAAGCUGCGCGUUUAUGUCUCACCGUCGACUCGUCUGCAGAGCUUCGAGGAUAAAAUCGAGCCACAAAACUCUCCGACGUCCGACAAGGCAUCGUCGAAGGCUUUAAACAAUGAAUUGUGGGAGGAUCGAAGUAAACCUAGCGAGACGCCUGACUUGGACACGGAACCGGAUUUCAUGGCGUACAGCCGUUUGUGCCAAGAUUUAGUAAAUCUGAUCGAAGGGCAAAACGAAGUCGAGACGAAGACGGAUCAAACAUCGAAUAAAGAAGACGAUUCGAUGCGAUCGUUGAACGACCAAUGUUCAAAGGAGAACGAGAAGGACAUAGAAGAAUUAACGGAGAGUCUCGUAAAUCCUGUGAACGAGGAAAAAACAGGAGACGACGACAGUUUCGACUUUUACCUUCGAGUCGCUGACGAGAAUGUUAAACUAAUUGCGGAGGCGUUCAGCAGCGUGGCGGAUCACUUACGCGAUAGCCGUUCGAGCCAGAAGAAUUCGGUGACGUCGCGACGUUCUGAAAUAGAAACGGAAACGAGCGUUGCGCUAGAUACGAGCACCCGAGACGACUUAGACGACGACCAACCGUCUAGCUCGCCGAGGACCAUCGAUCAUACAUCGAACGUAGUUCCUACAGAAGAUACAACGAUAACUUUAAACGAGGACCAGGUGGAACCGGAACAGACGAGAACCACUGAUCCCGAACUCGAUCUGACGAGAGCCGUUCAUGAUUUGCAGUUAGCCGCGGCUAGUUUAUGCGAGCACGAGAAAGAGAUCCAACAGUUGGAGGCGUUGCUGAGAAAGGACGCGAGUAACGACGUUCCUAUCGAAGAGGACACCUCGUCGUUGAGCAUCGAGACCGACGCGGGGUCCUCGAACGAGGAUAGUCAGAAGGAACGCGACCAAGAAGAGACCGUGGUAUCGGUCGGCGUGAAAUCCGCGCCUAACGAUCCAAAUUGCGAAGGUGAGAAUAACAGAGAAUGCAAGCAGGAUGAUACAUGUGAACCGAAUGAAAUCCCUUGUUCGACUGACAUCCGUAUUUCGUGCGUUACUAACCUCGUGACAGUUUUAGUAACAGCAUAUUCCAUGGUUUUUCUCGCUUGUUUCGUUGCACUGCUUUUAGCGACAAUAGCGGCAUCAUGACUGCUGGCCUUCUUCUCUUAACGAGCAGUUAAUGCAUUUUGAGAUUAGACAGAGGUUUGAUUCGACGCGUUGUCGCUGCUGCUGCUGCUGUUGCUGCUGCUGCUACUUUCCCGAGGCUACUAUUAUUUUGAACCAUGUUGCUAAUGUCGUAGGUCUCCCGGCACUCGAUCAUUCGUGACGUGAAACUUCUUCUUCUAUUCUAUGCGAGCGAAUAACUAACCGAUACACACACACACAACGUCGUUGAGCGACAUGCGGCAGGACAAUUCAGUUUUCUCUAAGAUCGAGUUUCUCCGGACUGUUUCCGAAGGAAUCAUUUGUUCUUGUUCUUGUUAAUCUUGUUGGUUUUAAUAAAGUUUAAACGUUAACUAUA